AUGUGGCGCCCUACGUGUAACCACCUGGUGAGGGGCCCCCACCUUAAACACCUCACCACAAGCGCCAGUGCACAGUGCCACCCGUAUAUGCCCGCCAAGGGACACCGCCCCUGCAACGCAGACAGAAAGCUCAUCCGAACAUCCAUCUUCAAAGACGAUGACAUAUACAUGGACCCCCUCCAAAUUCACAACGAAGAACCGAACAAAACAAAAUACCUGAACAGAGCAUCACAAAACGAAUGUGUAUACACCCGAAGUAACGUAGGAAUGAACACAAUCCUCAUGAACAAAAAAUACAUGGACCUAAAAUGUAUUAACCAGUUGUAUAAGGAGCUACUAAAUGGAGAAAUAAAUUUCACAAAAAGGUUUACCUUCCUAACAUCCAUCACGAAUGAUUCCCUAACCCAUGGUUUCAAUUUACUGGACCUUUUGAAAAUCGUGGAGGUGUACCAAAAAGGGAAAAACAACAAACACGCAGAUGUGCUGAAAAAGAUUCUGCACAACAUUAACGAGUUAAGUUACCUGAUCUUUUCAUAUAGGAAGCCACUCAUAGUCUACUGUAACGGCAGCGUUAGAGGUUCUGGGGGGUUCAUCCCCUUCCUGGCCAACAACAGCGCUUCCUAUUUUCACUCCUCAUAUUCGUACACCAAUUUGAAGUACUCCUUCUUACCCUAUGGUGGCAUCUCCUACGUGCUAGCCAAUAUGAGAGGAUCCAUUGGAUUCUACUUAGCCCUCACAGGGGAGGUAAUAAAAUCUUCCGAUCUGGUAUGGUGCGGUUUAACAAAAAGGUGGAUAGCAGAAGAUUGUUUGGAACUGAUGGAACUCACAUCGGAGUCCCAACUGGAGGUGUCCGAACAGGAUGCGAACCUCCUCCUGGAAGAGCAUUUUUUGAAAGUCCCCAAAUUGUAUACCUUAAAAAAUUACGAAGAAAUAAUUCACGACCAUUUUAAGUACCCCUCUCUCAUGCAAAUUAUGGCCAAGCUAGAUGCAUCUAGGAAGAAAAACAAUCCUAACGAAAGGGUUCGCCUCUGGGCAGAAAAAACAUAUCAACAGAUCUGUUCGCAACCCCCCAUAGCGGCACAUCUAACAUUUGAAAUUCUGCACCUACUUAGAACGUACAAAAUGGAGCUACUCAAAAAAGCCCAAGUGACAAAAAAAAUAUACAAUCAGAUGACACAAAAUAGUUAUAAAAUAGUCCCAACAACCAAGGAAGAAGUUAGCUUAGCGGAACUCAAGUUCACGAUCGAUUCGGAGCUCCUCUUAAAAGCAUUAAACCUUGAAACGAAUGCCAUAGCGAACUUCAUUUCUUGUCCAGACGUUCUAAAUGGGAUCACGUCCUACUUGGUUAAAGACACGGAUCACUCCUUCAAAUGCACCUACCUGAAUAACUCCCUUCUUGAAACGAAGAAGGAUAUAAUCCAUUACUUCCUCUUUUACAAAAAUGAAUACGAAUUUGCUGUACACGACAGACCAGACAUAAGCUUCUCCAGUUUGAGUGCCCUAGACCGAUGCAACCAGCCUUUUGGUGCACGCGACCGGCACUUUUACGCAGAGCAGAGCAAACGCUGGAGCGACGACUACCUUAAGGACCAACUGAACGAGAUUAACAAACUCGCCCUGUGA